GUGGAGGUAAGAGGAAGAUGAAGAUAACUUGAGUUUUGGCUCAAGAAGAGACAAACAUCUCAACAUACAGACCUCCAGCUUGUCAUCUGAGAAAGAGAGAAAGCAAGAAAGAAAGAGAGAGAGAAAACAGGAAACUCAGCUUCUUGGAAAAUACACCAGAUGAGAUAAGUGUUGUCAUUAUUUUGGCAUUAAAAGUCAGAAGAGAGAGAAUCAGACCUAAAUAUCCACUUUAGUGCAUACAGAAAAGAAGAACUGGAUUUCACAAGGCAAAAAACCUAGAAAGUCCUGUCUAAAUCCUCUCUCUAUGUCGGAGUCGGAUUGGCCUCUUGCUUCUCCCACUCCACUUCCCCAGUGUGACUACGGAGAAUGGAGGGCCACACGAGUGCUGAUUCCAGUGAUUUACCUCUUAACCUUCAUCGUUGGUACAUUUGGAAAUGCCUUUGUGCUCUGUACAUACUUGAACUGCCGUGGAAAAAGGCUAUGGAGGAUUAGGAGCCAAAACAAACGUGAACCUUCCUAUAGACCUUCCUCUUCUUCACGUUCCGUAACAGAGUCACUGAUUGUCAGUUUGGCCUUGGCUGACCUUGCUUUUGUCAUUACUCUCCCUUUGUGGGCAGUAUACACAGCCCUGGACUAUCACUGGCCAUUUGGCAGCUUCCUUUGUCGAGUGAGCAGCUACCUGGUGGCACUGAACAUGUAUGCCAGUGUGUUCUCUCUGGCUGGACUCAGCGUUGAGCGCUAUUGUGUGAUCAAACGGCGUAGCCCCAGCAAGAACAUAACACCAGUAAGAGCCUGGUACAUCGUAGGGUGUGUAUGGAUGACUGCCAGCAUCCUUGCACUUCCUGCUCUUCUUCUACGAACUGUCAGAGAGGUGGAGGGACAUUCUGAUUGGCUGGAUGAUGGUGAACAUAAUAAUAGUGGUCCACAGUGCUUGUGUGACAUGGACUAUUCUAUUUUGGUCUCACUAGACCUUGAUCCAGCAACACGAGAACAGGCGGAAGUGAUGUGGUCAGCACUGCUAGGUUUGAAGUCUACUGUCCUGGGUUUCCUGCUUCCACUUAUUGUGCUGCUUCUUUGCUACUGUUCCCUGGCACAUUUCUUGUCCCGCCAUUUUCGUCUUUCACCUCAACCUGAUCGGCAGCGCCAGCGCAAGCUUCUGCGCAUCGUUAUUGCCCUCGUGCUGGCUUUUUUCCUCUGUUGGCUGCCCUUUCAUGCUAAUAAGACCCUGUCAGAUUUAGUUGAACUUGAUAUUUUGCCCUAUUCCUGCAGCUUUGACCGCUGGCUGGUUGCUGUCCACCCUUAUGCAAUCUGCCUAGCAUACAUGAACAGUUGCCUGAACCCACUGCUCUAUGCCUGCUGUGACCCAGCCUUCCGGCGACGAUGCAAAUGCGCAGUCAAGCUUGUUUGGAGAAGACGUGAGGGAGAAAGGGAUGAAGCAGAAGACAGAGAAACAGGAACAAGGGUUGAGUUGGAAGAGGAUAAAAUAGUGAGAGAAAUAGGACACCGAUCCAAAACAGGAACAGAAUACUGCAACAUUUAGCAGUUAAUAUUAAUUUGAAUAUGAAAUAUUUUUUAUAUGAAUUACUGUAUGAGAUGUAGAUUGUUUGUCUAUGUGUGUUAACUGCUACUGAAAGCAUAUGGUGAUAACUGUGAAACUGAAAUGAACACGUUUUCCCCAUGAGAGGGUGCUAAGAAUUCCUCUAUAAUCUCUCACAAACUGAACUGUAGAAGAGAAACAUUG